UUAGGGAUAGAAGAUGCUGUAAUAGUGAUAGGGGAUGCUGUAAUAGUAUUUUGAGGAUGAAGAUUUGAGGUAACUGUUGGAGAUGAUCUUACUACGAAACAGCUAAAAAGACAAUUUAUUAUAGGUGUUGCCUGUUAAAUUAUGAAAAAGGUUACGUACCUAAUAUUAGUAGACGACACGACUCGGACUCGAUCUAUGGUCCCGUCCGUUGCUAUCCGAUCCAUAUAAGUCGCGACUCGUGAGCCAUGUUCUCCCAUCUCCGUCGUGUGCACUGCAAUCUUCCACAGGGUUCAUCGUCGAGGCCGCGCGCAGCCAUGGCGUACAAGGGGACAAUGCCGAUGCCGCCGAUGACCCUCGAGGUGACCGUCGUCUCCGGCGAGUCCGUCCGGGUCCGCUCCGGCCGCGCCCUGGGCGGCGGCGCCUACGCGGUGGUCCACACCGCGUCGUCGUCCGCGCGCACCCACGCCGACGAGGACGGCGAUUGCAACGGCCACCCCUACUGGGCCGAGGCCGUGCGCGUGGCGCUGCCGGCUGGCGCGCGCGCGCUGGACGUGGAGAUCUGCCGGGCGCAGAGCGGUGGGCGGGUGGAGUCCGUGGCGGAGGCGCGGGUGCCGGUCGAGGACUUCACCGUGGGCCCGCCCGGGCACCUGCAUUGCCUCAGCUACAGGCUGUUCGACACCGGCGGGUUGCGCCGCCGCAACGGCAUCGUGAACAUCACUGUCAAGAGGCUCGACGGCGCGGCGCCGGCAGAGGGGAAAGCGCUGGUGCCGGCGACCGGGAAGGCCGCGGACUCCGGCCCAGGCACGAGUGGUUCGUGCUGUGGUGUCGCCGCGGAUCAGGGUAAGACGGCGCCGCCGACUGGUGUGGUGAUGGGUUACCCCGUCGGGUUCUAGCCACUGGGCAUGCCAACAACUUGGGUUGUGUAUAGAUCAAUGCUAGAUUUAAUGUUGGUUUCAGGGUUGCAGCGUCUAUCUGAUCUUGUCUCGGAUCACUGUUCACUGGGUUUCAGGAUCAUCUGGAUUUGUUUUAUGCGUUGGAUGAUUCAAUCGAAUGAUAGGAAGAACAGCUCGUGUUGAAUUAUUCAUCAUGGUUCUUGUUUGAACUUGAAUAAUCAGAACUGUUUAUUUGUGUUUA